AACAAAGAUCUGUGACAAUGGUGGGCUGUGUAAUUGAGGAAAUCAAAUGUUGAGGUUAUUUUGUUAAAAUAGUAUAGAUGUUACAUUUUACAUAUUAGUCUGUAAUGCCAAUUUAGUUACAUACAUAUAAAAUGAAAUUUAGAUUUUGUGGGGAUGCUGACUGCCCAGAUUGGGUGUUGGAGGAAAUUAAUACUUUAUCCAGAUUAUCAUCGGUAAAAGUAAAACUAUUGUGUCAAGCUGUGAUUACUGGUAUUUUAAAACCACCUUUUAAUGUGGAAAAAGCUGAAAAAUUAUUUGCUGAUUCUAAAUUAGAUUCCGAUAUUGAUUUAAAAGCCUGCAUUGCCUGCUUAACUUAUAUUAUAGUAUCAGCAGCUCGAUUUAAUUGUGACGGUAGCGCUCUUCACAGCGAAUUACAACAACUUGGUCUACCGCGGGAGCACAGCACUUCUAUUAAACGUGUUACCGAUGAUCAGAUUACCAACUUAGCAGCCAAAUUUCGUGGUUGCUCCCUAAAAGUGAACCCGUUGAACAAAAUUUCGAUUAACGUGGAUUCUACUAUAAAGUGUGCUCUGAUGGAUUUGACUAUCAAUAAUGAAAAUCAGAAGAUUACUUUGACGCCACAUACCGUGAAUGUUCUUUUGGAGGAAUUAAAGAUUGUUAGGAAUAAAAUGAAUGAAUUGCAUGGGAAUUCGAUGUAAAUGUAAUUGAUUUAAUAAAAAAAUAGAAAAUUAA